AACAUCUGCGCCGAAUAUUACCACGUGGGGACGUUUUUGCAAAGGUAGCAAAACAUCCGCAGUGACGCUUGCUUGUCUGCCAGUGAGCAUGGCAUGUAAAAAAACUUUUUUUGUUUGCUUUUGACAUUAAAAGAAUUUCAAGAAAGAGCCGCAAAGGUUUUGCUAACGGAGUCACUUUUUCUAGACCAUGCCCCACGACCCCGACCCUCCUCCGGCUAAAAAAUUCAAGCCGGGGUCUGUUUUUUUCCGUCUCGAUAAGAAUAAACCUGGAAUGCUGCUGCCUAGAAAGGGAAAUGCAGCCACUCCAAUAGAAGUCCAGAGGAAACAGCUUCCAAUCUACCAGGCGAAACCUCAGCUACUGAACCAGCUGAGACAGCUUCACAAUGCUAUUCUCAUAGGGGAGACCGGCUCUGGGAAGACUACUCAGAUCCCUCAGUAUCUGUAUGAGGCCGGCAUCGGACGACAGGGCAUCAUUGCCAUCACUCAGCCCCGUCGAGUUGCUGCAGUCUCUCUGGCAGGAAGGGUGGCAGAGGAGAAGAGGACUCAGCUCGGCAAGCUGGUCGGUUACACAGUGCGCUUUGAGGAUGUCACCUCCUCUGAGACAAAGUUGAAGUUCAUGACAGAUGGCAUGCUUCUGCGUGAGGCCAUCGGAGACCCCUUACUGCUGCGCUAUACUGUGGUGGUCCUGGAUGAAGCCCAUGAGCGCACCGUGCACACUGAUGUGCUGUUCGGCGUGGUUAAGACUGCUCAACGCAGGCGCAGAGAACUUAAUAAGAUUCCCCUGAAGGUCAUAGUGAUGUCAGCCACAAUGGAUGUGGAUUUGUUCUCUGAGUACUUCAACAAGUCGCCUGUGCUCUACCUGGAAGGCAGGCAGCAUCCCAUUCAGAUCUACUACACCAAGCAGGCCCAGUCAGACUAUCUGCAGGCUGCUCUCGUCUCUGUCUUCCAGAUCCAUCAGGAGGCUCCUCCGUCCCACGAUAUCUUAGUCUUCAUGACGGGUCAGGAGGAGAUCGAGGCUCUGGCGAGGACAUGUCGGGACAUCGCCAAGCAUCUGCCUGAUGGCUGUGGUCCCAUGGUAGUUAUCCCUUUGUACGCGUCGCUGCCCCCAGUACAGCAGCUCAGGGUCUUCCAGCCAGCUCCCAAGGGAUGUAGGAAGGUCAUCCUCUCAACCAACAUUGCCGAGACGUCAGUCACAAUCUCUGGGAUCAAAUACGUCAUAGACACAGGGAUGGUGAAGGCCAAACGUUUCAAUCCUGACAGUGGGCUGGAGGUGCUGGCAGUGCAGCGGGUUUCUAAAGCCCAGGCGUGGCAGCGAGCGGGCCGGGCUGGCCGGGAGGACUCAGGCUCCUGCUAUCGUCUCUAUACUGAGCAGGAAUUUGACAACCUCAUCCCUAUGACUGUGCCUGAGAUCCAGAGGUGCAAUUUAGCCAGCGUGAUGCUGCAGCUCAUGGCUCUAGGGAUUCCAGAUGUGAUGAAUUUUGAUUUCAUGUCCAAGCCUUCUCCAGAGGCCGUUCGAUCUGCUGUGGAGCAUUUAGAGCUGCUGGGAGCUGUAGAGAGGAAGGAGGGGCAGGUUUUCCUCACUGCUCUGGGAAAGAAGAUGGCAAGCUUCCCUCUGGAGCCUAGAUAUGCCAAGACCAUCCUGUUGUCUCCCGACUACUCCUGUUCUGAGGAGAUUUUGAGCAUAGUAUCUCUGCUAUCAGUGGACACUGUACUGUAUAACCCUCCUGCCCGGCGGGAAGAUGUGCUUGCUGUGCGCAAGAAGUUCAGCUCCAGCGAAGGAGACCACAUGACACUGCUCAACAUUUACAGAGCGUUCAAGAAAGUCAGUGGUAAUAAGGAGUGGUGUCGGGAGAACUUUGUCAACAGCAGGAACAUGGGUCUGGUGAAAGAGGUCCAGGCACAACUCAAAGAUAUCUGCCUUAAGCUGAAUUUGAAGCUGGAGUCAUGUGGAGCGGACACAGGGAACGUUCGCCGCUGCCUCGCCCACGGGAUGUUCGUCAACGCUGCGGAGCUACAACCUGAUGGCAGCUAUUUAGCUCUGGACACCCACCAGCCUGUGACCAUCCACCCCUCCUCCGUCCUUUUCCAGGCCAAGCCAGCAUACGUGGUCUUCAAUGAGCUGCUGCACACCUCCCGCUGCUACAUGAGAGACCUGUGUUUGGUGGAUGCCGACUGGCUGCUGGAUGCAGCACCAGAGUACUUUGGCCGCAAACUCCGACCCACCAAGAGCUAACCAACAGAAAAAUAGGACUGAAGUAAAUCUCUGCAAGGACAUCUUCCUCAAAUCACCCAGUGACGAUAAACCUGGAAAAUAUAUUCUCUUCACAAAGCUGAAUUUGGAUAAAGACAUUUAUUGAUUUCAUACAAGUGCAAAUUAGAGCAGAACACUUUCUGUGUAGUAAACUCACUACCUCCCAGUUGACAAGCAUUUGGCACGUGUCACUGCAGCAGAAAUCUGCAUAUUGAGGCCUCACUACUUUGACUUCCUGUAAGACUGUCAUUCAGAUUUUAUAAACUGUUUCUUCUGCCUGAUAAUAUUUCAUUUUGUCAUUUGGCCACCUGUUUAAUACCUAAAAAAAAAAAAAAGUCUUUUUGAGGUGCCAUGCAUUAAUUCUUUCAACAUUUGCAUGCAUUUUAACAGCCCAGAUAACCUCACAGGAGCACAGUUCUUCAAAUAAGCAAUGUGUUAAUUUCACAAAAUAUUGUACUUAAUUGUUAAGCCACCUACCCAACAAGAUUCAGAAAACUUUAGUAGGCGGUUGUUAUUUUCAGCGUAGUUUUGAAUAAUAGUAAGGAUUUAAUUUUAUUUGCCUCUGAAAUGUUAGCUUCUCAGAAGCUAAGAAAACAAGUCUUAUCUUGAGCUUUUCCAAUAUAUUUUUUUUGGUUUAUACAAAGUGGUCUUAAAGGGUUUUAUAUAUGCAAGGAUAGUAGAUUUGUCUUAAUCUAUGAGGUUAUGUAAUUAUAAAAAAAAAACAUGAAAAUCACCAAAGUUAAAAUGAGGUUUUUACAUGUCACAGUGACAUGAUUUCACUUUGAUAAUUACUCUACAUGCAGCACCCAUCUUGUUAUCGUGUGCAUGCCUUUUUUCACAUCCUUGAUUAUAUCACCAGUUCCCCAAAUACAUGCACAUCAGGAGAAGUAGCAUGCCUUAUUCUCCAGGUUCUACUCUUUGUGAUUGUAUGUUACCUCUGUACAGACUAACUACAGAUGUAUGCUGACAACAACUGUAUGCAAUGCAUGGAGAUUAUAGUUAAGGAUCUGAUCCCUCAGGUCUUUGAUACUUUGUAGAAUCAUCACCAUGUUGAGGAAUAGGAUGGAUGCUCCUCUUGUCUUUUUUACGCUGGACUCAGGAUUGUACAAUAUACACUGUAACCUGAAUAAAUAACAAACAAUUUCUAACUUUUAAAAAUGCCAAACAACAAAUGCAUCUGGGGUUGCUGUAGAGAAUCGUCAGACUAUGUUAUAAAGAGGCUGUAUGUUCAGUGUUUGAAUCUCUGACAGAUCAUGCUGCCCAUGUCACAAAGGAAAAGUAGACAAUUUAAGAUCUGCAUGUUAUGAAGUUUGUAAGAUUAAAUGCACGCCUUUGAUGAAUUUA